UGCACGCCCGCCAUCCCCGCCGGUCGCGCUCUUGCGGUGGCUCCGGCGGCGGCCGAGCGGAGCCCGCGGUCCGAGAUGUCCGAGCUGCCCGCCGACAGCAGCGUCCGGCAGACGGACGCGGCGAAUGGCCCCCGCGACGUCGGGCAGGCGGAGGUAGGCGGCGGGAGGCGGGAGCCCGCGCCGGCGCGGCCUGCGGAGCCCGGGGAAGGGGCGGCGGCGGCGGCGGCGGCCAGGGAGGCCCGCGAGUUGGCGGGGCCGGCGGAGGAAGAGGGCGCGCAGGCCAGGCCCCGGCCCCGGCCCGCCAACGGCCCCGGGCUGGCCGCGUUGCCGUACCUCCGGCUCCGCCACCCGCUCAGCGUCCUAGGGAUUAACUACCAGCAGUUCCUCCGCCACUACCUGGAGCACUACCCGAUCGCCCCGGGCAGGAUCCAGGAGCUGGAGGAGCGCCGCAGGAGGUUUGUGGAAGCCUGCAGAGCCCGGGAGGCCGCGUUCGACGCCGAGUACCAGCGGAAUCCCCAGAGGAUGGAUUUUGACAUUUUGACGUUUACGAUAGCUCUCACUGCAUCCGAGGUCAUCAAUCCCCUGAUAGAAGAACUUGGUUGCGAUAAGUUCAUCAGCAGGGAAUAGCCAGGCGAUGGAACUGCUUCCGGGGGAGCCCCUGCGUUCAGGACCUAACGCCAAAUCCUGUCGCCGCACUUUAAAAAGUCGUCGUAUAUGAGAUAAAGCCUGGCCUGGCGGGGUGGCAGGGGACGAGCUUAUCACGAAAAAGCACCAGGAAAGAGAGGGGGGGGGACUCAAAGCCUCGCGCCUCCUCCCCACGUUGAGUUUGCGAUUGAUGACAGAUUCUUUGCCCUGCGGCGGGGAGAGGCUUUUCCAGAAUUGCUUCCCCGAAAGGCGAAGGAUGGGUUUUAGGAAACCGAGACUGGAUGAAGAAGUGUUGACGAUAGCAGAGCCCGGGAUGAUGGAAGGGAUUAUCAAAUAAUGAUGGGAGGAGUGAGGAGUCCCAGUGGACAUGCCCUGGGAGACCCCGGAAGGCUACGGACAGAACUUGAAAUUGGCGGAAGGCGCGCUCUCCUGGUUCAGGUUCCACGGAAGGUUGUAGUCUAAAUGGAUUUUGUGUUUUCUGAGGCAUUUCAGAUGGCAGGCAGUGUCACUGUUGUACAUAUUCCCUGAUAAAUAUGUGUUCGAGAACA